AUGCCGCCCAAGGCUUCCUCCUCCAAGAUACAACAGAAGGUCUCUAAGACUUCUGAAGCCCAGGACACGAAAAAGGCUGCUCUGGAUGCGCUCGGGUACGGCUAUGAGAAUGUGGCCCAUAACGAGGAGAUCAAGACCUUCAUCACGCGCUCGGUGAAGGAGCGCGUCGAGACAUUUCACUCCAUGAGUCCUGUUCUCCGUGGGCUACCGUUCAAAUCCGCCGCCUUGAAGCUUCCCGAUGCUCUGGACUUCACUGUGCUUGCAUACCCUUCGGACAAGGACGUCACUCGGCAAGGAUGGUCAGCUCUUCAGACCGCUGCUACGACCGUGGCGAACUGGGAACGCAGGGUAUUCGUUCAAGGCAAAGGUCAGAAGCAUAACAAGCACCGCAAAGCCUUCGUCAGGAAGCUACAUCUUGUCAGCGGUGACCAGGCCAAGUACCCUCCGCUCGCCCUCGCCGACGUCGCCCGGCACUUCCUACAAAUCCACAACGACAGUCUGGCCAAUUGGAUAUCGUCGUGGUGCUUGUUCGUUGCCUUCGACCUUGUCGCGUCGCAUACGGCACCUUCACGAACAAUGGAGCUCGUAAUCACUGAGGAUAUGGUUCCAUAUCAACGCGUGUCCCUCGAGCCUGACGUCGUCGCGCGGUACGAGAACCUCAUGGGCAACUACCAAGCCAACAUUAGGGCGUGGAUAGAGUCUGCGUGCGAAGCAGAGAGAAGGCAUCGCGAGCAGGAGCAACUUCUCGCGGAUGCUUCGCGCGAGAGCAAGCAAGCAGCCGAAAAUCCUUCGCUCAAAGUCAUGGAGGUACCCACUGCCAGUCCCCGGAGCGGUGGAGUCUACGAUAUGGUCAGCGAAGGCGCGAAACAGGAGAUUGAGGCCAUUGUCCAGUGCAAUGUCGGGAUGACUGCGCUUGCACUGCAACAGAUGCUGCAGGAACAACCCGGCGACCAUGAGCUUGUUCUGGAAGUAAUGCAGAGCCGGCUCCGUGAUCUAGUUCAGAAGGGAACUCUCAAACUUCCGGAGACUUGGUUCACCAAGAAGCACAAGGAGGAGACGAGCGCCACUGAUUCUGUGAUCGCCUUCUUGUGUGCUGCGAUGAUCUCACCUUUGGCGCUCUUGAGCAACGUGCCCUUAUACGGAGGUCGCGCGGGCAUGGCGGUACAGGAUGCUAUUAUGUGCUGGCAGCAACUAGCCCCCCUCGUACUACCUCAAUGGAUUAAGGAUCUCGGAAGAGACGUGAUCGGUGUAGCCGUCGAGAUCGCUUUCAGCAAGGGUGACGUGGACGGCCGUAAGCUGCUUUGGGCUGUGGCGAAGAAGUGGAAAGACAUACCCUUGCCCGCUUGCGACGUUGAUUUCUUUCAUGGCCGCUUGAUCUCGACCGUCGACUUGGAAAAGGAGAAUAGAUUCCAGCGCAUAGACGCAGAAGCUGGUACGCCGGGCCCUUCAGAGCACGGUGAUCGUCAGACUCCUAGCACUAGUGCGACCGGCUCGCAAACACCUGUGGAUACGGUCAGCGGGGAAAACGACAUCACGAAACAGCAGGCGGACAAUAAUCUCAGUGCCUCUUCAAGCAAGGAGGCCCCCGAGUCUCAUCUUCCCGACAGCGACGAGGAUGCAGCUGAAGUUCAGAAGGCACUCGACUGCUCGAUGGAACUCUCUGCUCCCGCUAGUACCGGACCGAGUGCUAGCGACGAUUCCCUCGAUGCCUUGAAGCAGUGUGGCACAGACGGAGACGUGGGUCAGGAAGAGGGCGUACACCGGCAGCACUCGGCAGACGAGCUCGAGCAUGUAACAGGAGUACAGUUUCCCCAACUUACUCUGAACCCAUCUCCGGCGCCAGCAGCCAGUUCUCGAGCUCGCUCCUCGAGUUUACAUUCCAGCUCUCGCACGCCAGUCCCCCGUUCUAUGCCGGCAAGUUCACAACAGCACACGCCCACCACCGCGUCACCACGGGUUCCCUCCUCACAGUCUCCUCCCCCCCUUCCGUUGCAACGCGGCACUUCGCCCGAACCUCGGGAUUCACUGUCUCCGACACCUCCGACGCAGGCCUCUUCACAGCACGCGCUUGGACGGCCAAGCACCACGCCCAUACCCUCGGGUGCCGUGAAGACGGUGUAUAGCAGUAAAGCUAAGGGGACUGAAAGCCCGUGGUUCCCUCCCCUCGCUGAAUCGAACACGCCCGUCGAUGGUUCAAGCGUGCUAAAUGAUCUUGAACCUUCCUCCGACAAGCUGCUCAUCAGCCCUCUGCAACCGGCGUCCACCAUCACACCGUACCCGACACCUUCUGACUUGGCUUCCCAACCAGACACGGACGAUGAGGCUGAGAAAGACGUCGACCGUCCCGCUAACGCUGGUGAGAAACCCAUGGACGUCGAUGCACCUGAAUAUGAAGACCAGGAGACUCAUGAGGACCGCGGCACGACCGGCAGCGAGCGAGUUCGUAACGCAGGUGAUGGCGAGGAGGGCAGCGAGAACGACGAGCCGGCACGCAACGGCGCUGGUGUUGAAAGACACGAUCACGAGGACAAAGUGGCGUUGGAUCACAGCGCACGAACUCCGAUUGCUGAGAAGGACAAGGAUGAGGAUGAGGAGGACGAAGACGAGGAGGACGAGGACACGGAGGACGAGGUGGGAAAAAUGGAAGAGCGUAGCGGGGACGCGCGCAAUGGUGCUAGUGCUGAAGGCAAAGAUGCCGACGAAGACGAGGAAGAAGCCUUGCUGGCUCGCAACGCGCAAGCUCCCGCUGCAGGUACCGGCGAGAUGGACGACGAGGAGGAUGAGGAGGACGCCCAGAAUCGUGCUGGGGAUGAAGGCGGUGCUGACAAGGACCAGGCGGCGUUGGCAGAGAGCGUGGGUGACACUCACGAGCUCGACGAAGACCAGGUCAUGCAGGACAGUCUUCAAAUGCCUGCUGAUGAUCACCCCGAAGCCGAUGACCCUAUGGGUGAGGUGCAGCCGCCGCCCGGGGAUCAGCGGAAGCGGAAGCGGGAUGCUGACGAUGAGGAGGAGAUGGAUGAGGACGAUGAAGCAGACGCUCUCGCACAGGCGGAAGGAGAUAGCCCGCGACGCAGUAAGUGGAUCAGACUUGAGGAGGAGCAGAAGGCGGAGGAGGAAAAGCAGAGGAAGGAAAAGGAAAAGGCGGACAAGGAGAAGCAGCGGCAGGACGAGGAGAAGGAGAAGGAGAAGGCGAAGGCGAAGGCGAAGGCAAAUGCGAAGGCGAAGGCAAAGGAGAAGGAGAAGGAGAAGGCGAACGCAAACGCAAACGCGAAAGGGAAAGGGAAAGGCGCGCAGGAGAAGGAGAAGGAGAAGGAGGGGGGGAAGGGGAAGGGGAAGGAGAAGGAGAAGGAGAAGGAGAAGAAGGGGAACGGGAACGGGAAGGGGAAGGGGAAGGAGAAGCAGAAGGAGAAGGAGAAGAAGCACAGCGUCGACAACGCGCACGCGUUGCGCCGAACGCCCAUACUGUCAACACCACUGAAGCAGGAGGAUGUCGAGGGAGACGAUAAGGCCGCUCUUGAGCUUGUCAAGAAACGUUGGCACAAGCAGUGGCCAACUUACAUCGUCAUCAGCUCUGACGAAGAGGAGCCGGUGGUCAAAGACAAGCCUCAUACAAAGCCUGUCCUCGAACCUCUGAGGUCUUUCAACGCGCAGGCCUUCGGUCGCUCUACGGGGCUCGGGAAAUCAGUGUCGUCGAAAUCGGCCGGCAAACCUCAAGUUCGCGCGGACGACCUCGGCAGUGGAGGAGCGUCUGGUUCUUCUCGGGCCGGGCCGUCUCAACCUCGACAAGAGGGCUCGGAUAUGGAUGCCGAAGGUUCAACUGACGAAGGAGAGGUCGUAUCACGUCCGCCACCACCUGCCGGGGAGAAGAAGAACAAGAACAAGAAGAAGAAGAAGGGUGGUGCCAAAAAGCAAAAGCGUGGCCGGAGCGAGGACACACCGCCGCCCGAUGCAGAGAGCGACACCUGGUGGGGAAACUCGAGUGAUGAGACCGCCAGCGAGCUCUCCGACUCGCUGAACAUCAACAAGCCGAUCAGGCUGGCUGAGAAGCAGUAUUCCGAUUUCGAGGAGGAGUGCAUGCCAUUGUGGGAUGUCAACUUCACGAUCCCAAAGUCUAUUAGGAACUAUGGACGUGCAGUGGGCAAGGAGAUCCAAAGUCAGAUGGACCAGCGCAUAAGGGACAAAGAUUGGCCGACGAACUUCAUCAAGUUCUACUCGAUGGACGAGUGGAUGUCCGAGUCGCUGGAAGAUAUCGAGGCCAUGAUGGGAGAGGGGUUUUGUUUUCACAUUCGGGACACUGGAUUGGACCGCGGCUGGGAUUGGAACGUCAAGUCAGCAGAGAGGCUGAAGAGCGGCGCUAGCUUUGUAGACGCCCAGGAAUUCGUGAAUCCCCACCACAACGGCGGCGUCCAACAUUACUGGCUGCCUGUCGGCGACAUGAUCAAUCCUAUGCGCCGCGACUAUACCAAGGUCGUCAACUGUUUGAACCUGCCUCUGAACGGGACCGUUGUUCCAAUUCCGCGUCAGCACGAACUCGACAUCGGCUCACUUGCAUAUCAAGCGCGCAAGGAGGCGGUCAAAGCGCGUCAGGAGAACCCUUCACGACCGCUCGGAGUGUUUGAGCUCGGCCUCGACGCUAGCGUUAUCACGGGUCUCAACUGGUCAAUCAUAUCUCAGGCGCACUCCUGGACCGAUGGCCAUGUCGACACCGCCGGGGUUUUCACAGCCAUCGUCGUUCUCACUGGGGUCAAGUAUUGGGCGAUAAGGAAGACGUUGCUGACCGGUGACAAAGACGACGACAUCGAUGUGUUCGAUUGCAGCUACUUCGAGGAACUUAAUGACAGGGACCUCGACAGCCUUCCCGGUGGAUCUGCGGCAUGGGUAGCUGUGUUGCUCUUUCCGGGUGAUAUCUUGAUAAUGCACCCAAACGCGCGUCACCUCGUGUACACGAUCAAGGACUCGAUGAUGACAGGCAUUCAUCUAUACCAUCACCGGCAGCUCCUGCGCUCUGUGUGUGGGUGGACGAUUGCCCGAUUCUCGCACACGACGAUCUCGAAUGCGGAACAUCACUGUUUCUUGUCGAUUCUGCAAUCCUUCUCGACGUUCUGGUGGCCGGGUUACAAGUCGCAUGUGCGGGAGACAUUGAGCGAGGACCACCCCAUUCUGCGCACUCUCCCCGACCCAAAGGAGCGGGAGGGUCUCGAUUCGAUCGUCGCGCUCGCGCUCGUCACCGUCUUCAACAAUACCUUGUCGGGUGUUGCGAAGCCUUACCGGGGCGCAUACUACACGAGCGACAGGAGGAGCUUCAAGAGCAUAUGGUUGCGUCUCACGGAGACCGGUUUCAUGUCGGUCACAUGCGACAACCUGCCGAGCGAGUUUUCCGUCUUGAUGAAGAAGGCCCUGGGUCUCGGAGACCCGUCCAUCAAACUCGACAACCGUUGGACAUGCGCCGGGCUGACGCAGUUGCUCGUGCACUUCGCACGCGCACUGAUCCAGUUGAGCUGCCGGUGGGCGGCCUACCAAGCCCCUGUAGAAUGGGUGGCACACUGGCCGGAAGACCCAGAAGACCAGGAGGACUACGCAUUCGAUUCGGAGGGCGAGGACGCGGGGAUCAACGAGGACGACAAAGACGACUACUGGCUCAGUCCCGCGAAGGUCCGUUCACGGGCGUUGAUCGACUUGGGCAAUGCGGUGGGACUGCCGUACAGCAUCGCUUCUCAGCUGGUCGGUACUGUACACAGUUGCUGGGUUUGCUGCAAACCUGCUAUGGUACCUCUCUGUAACUGGGUUGACGUCGAGGAUGGGACGAUCACGCGUAGGCCCAGCCUGUGGGAUGCCCUCGACGCGCAGUCCUUCACGGAAGACGACCUCCCGGACGAUGACAUGGAUGAGUGA